AUAAAAAGGCAAGAGGGAAGGCACAUCGACACAGUCCUGCAAGGAGCACAUCCCUAGGUACGCCAGCCGUCUGCCUGCUGCAGAGAUGGUGCAAGCGACUCCUUUCCUCCUGGUGCUCAGCCUGGCCCUGGUGGCUCCCAGCUUCUCUUCAAGAAAGUGUGUGCUGACCGGGCACUGGACCAACGACCUGGGCUCCAACAUGACCAUCAAGGCUUUGAACGCAAAAGGCGAAUUCGCCGGCUCCUAUCACACAGCCGUGACAGCCACCACAAACGAGAUCCAAGUGUCACCACUGCAGGGGUCCCAGCAUCACACAAAUGAGAAGAGCCAGUCUACCUUCGGCUUCACCGUCAACUGGAGCUUUUCAGACGCCAUCACUGUCUUCACGGGUCAGUGCUUUGUGGACAAGGAGGGAAAGGAGGUUUUGAAGACCAUGUGGCUCCUGCGGUCACAUGUGGACACGAUUAAGGACGACUGGAAAGCCACCAGGGUUGGCAUCAACAUCUUCACCCGCCUGCGCCUGCAGAAGGAGUGAGGAUGGCAGCGCAAGUGUUCCCGAGCCGGCAGCAGUGCCAGGGAUCCGGCCCCCCUUCCUGCCCCAUCACCUGCUUCUCCCAAUAAAGUUUUGCUGCAAACA